AACCCGCAUGGCAGGCCUGCGAUCGCUAAAGUCAGCCCAAAAUCGCCUUAAAGGCCUGCGUUGGAGCUGCUCAAACGAGAUUUCGCUAGCCGGAUCACCUACUUUACUUCACCUGCCCAAAAGGAAAAAAUAACGCUUCCCCUCUCUCUCACACACACCCAAAAACCCUAGACAUUGCAACAAUGGCAUUAAGAACUGUCGACACAACCUACUCGAAGCUCCUCUCUCGAAUGGCUAUUCGUUCCCUCCGCACCUUCGUUACUUUCUGCUCCAAUUUCGAGUCAGGUAUUCAAACUAACGGUUCGGAUUUGGACUCUGAAGGUAAGAAAAACGGAGCAUUCAAUUGUUUUCUGGAAGAAGGGCCAGCAUCCCCCUGCAAGGUGAAACAUGAAGAAGAGGUGGAUGAGGAGAAGUACCCGGGGAAUUACUACGACGAAAGCGACCCACGACAAAUGAUGAUGAGGAACAUUUGCGACAGGUCGCAAUGGUUUACGAAUUGCAUUGAUGCAACCGAUGUUGAGAGUAAUGCCUUUUCUACUGAUGAACCUAUUCUUGUCGGGCGUCCAGGAAUUCUUGAACAUGCGGAGAUUGCCCUUCGCAUCAAGAAAGGAAUGCCUCCAAAAUCCGAUUUAAGUGGUUUCAAACAUCUUUUUCUUGUGGAGAAGCACAACAUAAUAUUAGAAAAUUAUGGGUUGUACAAAAAGGGCAACACUGAUUGGAAUGUGGCUGGGGGUUCCAAGUUGAGAUAUAUCUCAAUAGAAGACUUCAUGUGGUGGUUCUAUAGGAUUCCUGGAAAGUACAACAAAGGGAUUUAUAAUUACAUGUUUAAGCAACAAAUUUAUGUUUUGGAGAAUUGUGCUUUUACUGUAUUAGAACACCCAGUAAUCAUCUGUUCUUGGCAACCACCAUUCGACGGGUGGUACAAGUUAAAUGUUUCUGGGUUUUUUAAGGAAAAUCUUGAUGGGACCAUAGAAGCUUCUUGUGGACAAGUACUCAGAGAUUCUUGGGGAAUGGUUUUGGAAAGGUUCCAUAAGCCACUUCCUGAUGCGACAUCUAGAGAUGAAGCUUUCAUACUUGGAGUGCAUCAUGGGAUAUAUGAAAUUCUACAAAGGAGAUCGGAAGCAAAGAACAUUAUUUUGGAGAUUGACCAUAAAAUAAUUUUCAACGUGCUAAGUCGUUUUCAGCAUCUACGCUUUGACCAUAGGGAACUUUAUUUGGAAAUUUUUACUUUGUUGUCAAAAUUUGACAAAUAUGAAAUUUCGUUUCGAUAUUCUCAAGGAAAUGGGCUAGCUAAAAGAGUUGCUUAUAUAGCUUCACAUCUGACUAUGGGACAGAGUUUUCCCACAGGCGACAAAGGUUAUGAAACACAAGUCAAGUGUGAUCAAUGGAAGAUUCCACGAUAUGAGAUCGCCCUGGAAAAAAGGAAUGAAGUUGAAGAAUCGUGCGAUGAGGAUAUUGAGGGAGAGAACAGGAGUCGCAUUGGUUUUCCGGGAGAUCUGUUGCGGAAAUUUGCUGAUGGAGAACCACUCUGGUAGGAGUUGGACGAGAUUGAGGAGUGAGAAAGGGGUAGGAAAAUUUGAGAGAAAAGGUUUUGUAAUCUGAAUUUGAAUUUUUUUUUUUUU